CAAAGAAAACAUAAGAGGCAAAUAAACAAACUUUGCUUCAAGUUUCAAGUGUAGAAAAAUGUCCAACUUUAGCGGUCGGGGAAAUGGCGUUGAGGCUUGGGGGAACACCGUCACCAACUGGGGAUCCAGCAACACAGGUCUGGGUUCCGGAAGCAUCAACUUGGGUGCUGGUUCCAAAUCUAACCACAUGAAAGAUAAAUUUCGUGCUCCCACUGGGAACCCUUGUGUUCCACCUGCUUUUUCUAGUGGCUCUGUUAACUUAGGCCCUGGUGCUGGAGGAAAGAAUGGUGACUCUGCUUCUGGAUAUGAUCCCGGAUGUAACCACAUUAGUGGUGAACUCUGGAGCGUUGCUACGAACCCUGGAGAUCCUUAUGCUUUUCCUCAUGGUCCUGGUAACUAUGGCCCUGGUGCUGGGCGAAUGAAUGCUGGCCCCGCUUAUGGAUGUGUCGACUACUUCAGUGGAUCACAAGCCAACUGGGCCCCUAGGUUUCCUCAUGGGGGUACUUGGCCUGGACAUUUUUUUGGGACAUGGCAGGGAAUGCCUAAACCCGGAGAUGGCUUCUGGUACUCGGGAAUUUCUCCUUCCUGGGAAAGUGAUCCUAACUCGGGAACUCCUAGGCGUGCAAGGGAAGGCAACGAAUGCAACCACUUAUUUAGCCAUAAAUAACCAAUUAUAUAUGGACCUGGAACUCCUAAGCGUACAAGACAAAGUAACGAAUGCAACGGCUUAAGGAGCCAUAAAUAAUCGGCGAACCUUAAAAUUGUACUUUAAUCGGUAAUUUUUAAGUUUAGUUGAUUACUUACGAUUACUUUGAAUAAUAAGCGACUAUGUUUUCAUUUACGAUUACUAGCUAGCAAUGUGAAGUCAAAUCUUGAUGUAUCCUUACUAGUGAUGAGAUAAGUUGUAAGGGUAUCUUUGUUAAGUUGGAGUAUCACUUAUACCUUUUAAAUAAAAAUUUAUUUACUAA